AAUCUUACUUCCGCCGAAAACGUGAUUAUUUUCAGAGCAAAGAAAAACGUUUUAUUUCAUCCUGGUAAUUCGAUAUAGCAGCAUAAGCGCUGUUUAAAAUAAAUGUCAUUUUAGAAGUUAUGGGCUCUUGAACUUGAGAUGCUUUGUGACGAUAACGAUUUAGCAAAAUGACAACAAGAAGAAGAAAGGCUGGGGAACCAACAGCUCAGAAAAGAGAAGCACAUGUUCAGGAGGAAGGAGGAGACCGCCCUUAUACAAGGGUUCUUCUGCAGGGUGCACUUGUUAUUUGCUCAUUACUAGUCAUAAGGACUUUUGUUGAUUUUGAGGAAAAAGAAUAUGGUCAGCUUGCCACAAUAAAUGAGGACAUCCCUCAUAGGUUCAUUGAAGUUGGAUGCUCAUCAGAUUAUGACAAGGAAAAGGUAAUGUUCAAAGGUUGUAUUCCAUCUAUAUGUGGAAGGGUCAUAAUGGACCACAUAGUGACACGUGAGGAAGCAGCAAAAUUACUAGAUGUUGCCAAGAAAGGUCUUUCACUAGGAGGUUCCAAUGGUGGAGCUUCCAUUCUUGAUCUUCAUUCAGGUGCUCUUUCAAAAGGAGACAAAUUUGUGGAUAUUUUCAGUUUACAGAAAACUAAAAGCAUCAACAUAUUUACUGAGGAUGAUUUCAAAUUGUAUACGCGAGUGAAGGAUCGUAUCCAACACACUAUAACAGCCGAGUUUGGCAUCCCUAGAGAAAAACUGUUCCUCACAAAUCCAACAUUUUUUUCCCAGAUGACAACAAAACCAGCCCAGACUGUUCAUGAUGAGUAUUGGCAUCCACAUGUUGAUAAGGAGACGUAUGGAUCUUUUCAUUACACCUCUUUGCUCUAUCUCUCAGAGUAUGGCACAGACUUCAAAGGAGGGAGAUUUGUGUUUGUAGACAAGGAUAUUAACAAGACAGUGGAUCCAAAGCGUGGCCGUCUCUCUUUCUUCACUUCUGGUUCUGAAAAUCUUCAUUAUGUGGAAAAAUUGACCAGUGGUACAAGAUACGCCAUCACUGUCUCUUUCACAUGUAAUCCACAGCGAGCUAUUGAUGAUCCAACAUUGAGGUGAAGUUUGGUUAGGAGUUCAGAGAUGAGACAUAUCUACUUGUUUACAAAAUUGUCUAUUUGAGGACAGCUUUAAAGCUCAGUUUUUUCCCCUACAGUUGUACCUAGGUUUUGAUUUUUUUUUUUAAAUCUUACCACUUUUAUCUCCAGGGCAAUAGCAGUAGUAUUGUGCAACAGAUAUAAAAGCAGCAGGAUCUUAAAACAUUUUAUUUAUGGGGAUGUUGAUGCAAAAAAAUUUCUGGAUGGCUUCACCUGUUUUCUAAUAGUGUCUGACUUUAUCUAAUAUAUACUGCAAAUUUUUCACUUUGAGUAAAUGUGCCAUGUGUGAGCCAUUACAUCAUUUGUUAAGAAAGGAUGCAGUCUCUGAUGCAAGUUAAGUUUAUUCACAAAGACAAGGAGAAUAUUAGAGCCAAUAAAAUUUACAUAUGUGAUCUCUUUACAAUCUCAAUGGUUGUAUUGCUCUCUUGUUAACACUGACAUAUCUGUGCUAAGGUAGGCACUUUCAAAACAAGUAGAGGUACUAGUACUUCUGUUGCAUAAAAUAAAAUGUUAACAUUUGCAUUGUGUGGUGCUGUUAAAAGGACAACUUUUUCACCCCUAAGUGUGCAAGGGUAUGAAAGGGUAAUGUCACUUUCUGGUCAUUUUCAGUCAUUUUUGUGCAUGUUGAU